AUGAGGAAGACCAGUGAGGAUCUCAUGGCUCGAAACAGAUUGACGAACGUGGAGAUGAUGAGACUAUUAUUGGCUGAGGUUCGAGCAGGACCUCCAUCACCUCCACUACCUCCACCACCACCACCACAGCAGGACAUACAGGAGUAUUAUAGGACACGCGGUAAGGAUACUGCAGGCAAGAGUCUCCAUAGUUGUGGUCAAGCAGGACAUUCUUCUAACGAGUGCCCCGGGAAAAGGGGGCAGGUUGCGGCUAUUCAGGAGCAUUUAGUACCUUUAGUUACACAAGUUUAUGCAGUUACCCAGCAGGACAUAGAGAAGUCUCCAAAUUUGAUCAAAGGUACAAUUUCCGUUGAUGGCCAUGAUUUUGAUGCAUUGUUUGACUCAGGAGCAACCCACUCCUUUACUUCGAGUUUUGUUGCGAAUGGUUUGAACUUGCCUAUGUAUGAAUUUACGUCUCCUAUGGUAGCGAAGACUGCCACCGGAGAUUUGGUUUCCACCUCUUUGAUGUGUAAAGAAGUCAAGUUCAGUUAUGAAGAGAAGGAAUAUGUGGUUGAUCUGAUUGUGCUUGAGGGUAUGAAUCUGCACAUCAUUCUAAGCAUGGAUUGGCUAGUCAGACAUGGAGUUAUGAUUGAUUUUUGUAGCAGGAAGAAUUAUUUCUCUACGAAGCAUGAGAAGAAGGACUUCCCCUAUUUAUUAGUGUUGUAG